AUGACGGGGUGCCACGUGUCCUUUGCCGGACGGAGCGCGCCUUGGCCUGGCUGGCGCGAGAGCUGGCGGAAAGAAUUGGCGGAGAGGGCGAGGGGGGGAGAGACGGCGAGGCGCGCGGAUCGGGGGAGCGGAGCGGCGGCGCAGUGGGGGUGGGGGACGUGGUGUGCCUGCAGGGGGAGGUGGGCGCGGGGAAGACCACUUUCUGGUGCGCCUUGGGGGAAGUGGGGGAAGAAGUGGGGGAGGAAGGCGGGAAGGCGGGGAAAGGAUAAAAAGGGAGGGGUAGGAGGGGAGGAGGAGGUGCUUACCCCUGCCGUGCUUACCCCUGCCGUGCUUACCCCUGCCGUGCUUACCCCUGCCGUGCUUACCCCUGCCGUGCUUACCCCUGCCGUGCUUACCCCUGCCGUGCUUACCCCUGCCGUGCUUACCCCUGCCGUGCUUACCCCUGCCGUGCUUACCCCUGCCGUGCUUACCCCUGCCGUGCUUACCCCUGCCGUGCUUACCCCUGCCGUGCUUACCCCUGCCGUGCUUACCCCUGCCGUGCUUACCCCUGCCGUGCUUACCCCUGCCGUGCUUACCCCUGCCGUGCUUACCCCUGCCGUGCUUACCCCUGCCGUGCUUACCCCUGCCGUGCUUACCCCUGCCGUGCUUACCCCUGCCGUGCUUACCCCUGCCGUGCUUACCCCUGCCGUGCUUACCCCUGCCGUGCUUACCCCUGCCGUGCUUACCCCUGCCGUGCUUACCCCUGCCGUGCUUACCCCUGCCGUGCUUACCCCUGCCGUGCUUACCCCUGCCGUGCUUACCCCUGCCGUGCUUACCCCUGCCGUGCUUACCCCUGCCGUGCUUACCCCUGCCGUGCUUACCCCUGCCGUGCUUACCCCUGCCGUGCUUACCCCUGCCGUGCUUACCCCUGCCGUGCUUACCCCUGCCGUGCUUACCCCUGCCGUGCUUACCCCUGCCGUGCUUACCCCUGCCGUGCUUACCCCUGCCGUGCUUACCCCUGCCGUGCUUACCCCUGCCGUGCUUACCCCUGCCGUGCUUACCCCUGCCGUGCUUACCCCUGCCGUGCUUACCCCUGCCGUGCUUACCCCUGCCGUGCUUACCCCUGCCGUGCUUACCCCUGCCGUGCUUACCCCUGCCGUGCUUACCCCUGCCGUGCUUACCCCUGCCGUGCUUACCCCUGCCGUGCUUACCCCUGCCGUGCUUACCCCUGCCGUGCUUACCCCUGCCGUGCUUACCCCUGCCGUGCUUACCCCUGCUCUGCUUACUCUUGCCGUGCAUGCACACAUCCGGCACUUGAUCCGAGCGCUCACGGGCGACCCGCACCUCACCGUCACCUCGCCCACCUUCCUGCUGCUCAACUCCUACCCCUCGCCCGCCCUCCCCAUCUCUUCAUUCUCCAUUCCUUGUGAAUUCUUCCCCCCUGCUCCACUGCCCCUACUGCCUGCUCUCCCCACCUUACCCCUGCUCGCACAAGUCAGCGCAACCAAUCCCACCCCCCUAUCGCAUUCCCUCUUCCUGCUCUCCCCCCACAGCACCGUGCAUCAUUACGAUGCCUACCGCCUGGGUGCCCUGCGCACUGCCACACCAGCGCCUGCAGCAGCAGCAGCAGCAGCAGCAGAAUCGCCCGACAUUCAGCGCCUGGACCUCGCACACUCGCUUGCCACCGGUACUCCCCACCCGCUCUCCUCGCCCUUCCCUGCCCGCCUAUCGCCACCUCGCUUGCUCUCCCCGUGCUCCUUCCACCCUCCCCACCUGGUCCCUCGUUCACCUUCCGAUUCUCAGCACCUCACACCCCCCAUACCGUUUCUCCAUCCCCCCAUCUGCCCGCAUCUCACUCCCUCGCCCCAUUCCGCCUUCAUCAUGCUCCCCUUCCCCUCUCCCCCUACCCCCUCCUUGCCUCCCUGUCAGGGCUGUGUCUCAUCGAGUGGCCGCAGCCCCUCCUCCCUCUGCUGCCCGCCCACCGCCUCCACCUCUCCAUCUCCCUCCUGCCGCCCGCGCCGUAUCCUCCGGGCGGCACACAUGAACCCGAUGUGCUCCCCAUGGGCCGGCCAACAGCAGGGGUGA